GCGUGUGUGUGCAUAAUUUCUGGAGUUUGGUUGUUGCUGUUUGUUUCUAUUGUUUUCACCUACUCUUCCUCUUCACAAGCGAAACGCAUCACAAUGAAGUCCCUACUUGAAUUGAACGACGACUGCCUUAUUGAAAUAUUUCAAUACCUUAGCCUUGUGGAAAGCUUCAAUGUAAUCGAUGUGCGAAAUCAUCGACUCACAGACAUUGCACGGCAAAGAAUCGCAACAUUCAAGGAGUUAAAUAUUCAAAUACGCGAAUUUCCAAAUUUCACAUCGAAGCAGUUACAAAUAAUUGGUGGAAGUUUGCGCAGUCUUACUAUGAGUGCCGGUUAUUCAAUACCAACGCAAACAGUGCUAAAUAUAAUAAAACCACUUUGCGAAGGUGCAGCCACAACCAAUCAACUGCGAGAGUUUACUCUAAAUUAUGUAUAUUUUAAUAAAGAAAUUUGCCAUUACAUCGGAAAUGUUGCGACAAAACUCCAAAAACUCAAUUUAAGCUAUUGCCAAUUAACGGAUGAACUUCUAACCGAAUUACUGAAGAAAUGCACUAAUUUAAAAGAACUGCACGUUUUAGGGAAUUACACACUGAACGGAAAUUUUCUGCAAAAUCUUUGUAUACCUACAUUGCGUCUAGUCAAGCUGGAACAGCAUGCGGAGUGGAACUUCUCUCUUGAAGCAUACAAAAUUAAGAAUCCAAAUAUUCAAUUGAUAACAAUAUGAGUUUGCCGAGUGCGUAAGGAAUGUUAUACCAUUUAAUAUUUUCUCUUAACGAAUUACUUUUAUUCUAUAAGUAUGAAAAAAUAAUAAACAAUCAAAUAAGAAACAC